CGUUUUCAUCAAGACGUUGAUGCUUGUAUCAAGAUGGAAAUGACGAGAAUAUCGCUGCUGGCAUUGUUAUUCUUCACGCAUCAGUCAUCAGCUGAGACCCACUGUUUCUGGUCAUCAGACGACGGUCGUUGUACUGACUGUCAGAGAGGCUGGUAUGGGGACUACUGCAACUACAAAUGUUCCGGCUACUGCGACAUCGGCGGCUGUCACAGGGACACCGGGAUAUGUAAACAGUGUGACGCUGGCUAUCGUGGCAUCAACUGUACAGUAACAUGUCCCCCCAACUGUAGAUACAGUCACGAUGACAAGCCCCACUGUAGCCGGGAGGCAGGGCACUGUCUGGAAAACUGUCAAGACGGCUGGUGGGGAAAGAAGUGUGAAAACAGAUGCAGUGAUGGAUGUGAAGACAACUCCUGCUACUUCUGGGACGGGUCGUGUGCUAGAGGAUGCAGGGAUGGUUGGGCCGGUGACAGUUGUGACACCAGGUGUCCAGGGGGGUGUCAUGGUGACACAUGUGAGAGGUACGGCAGCCAUACGUGCACACAAGGGUGUAAACACGGUGUUCACGGACUUCACUGUGACAAGCAGUGUAACAGACACUGUAGACAUCAGGACUGUUUCUAUGACCACGGUAUGAAGUCUACAGUCUGCAGACAGGGCUGUGUGGAUGGCUGGAUGUCUCUCGACUGCAAGAUGAGGUGUCCUGGUAACUGUGAGGCAUGUUCUCAAGAGACUGGGGCAUGUUCCAGAUGCAAGCAAGGUUACUGGGGAUCUGACUGCACUAGUCCAUGUAGUGACACGUGUUUUAACAAGACAUGUGACAGAGGUGAUGGAAGAUGCCCUGGUUGUAUACCGGGUUACUAUGGAAACACCUGUGACACGGGUUGUGGGGCUGACUGUAUGAGAUGUCUCCUGGUGGACGACGGCUGUGGAUGUAGGGAGGAAUGCCACACGACGUGUCUGCAGCAUCAUCAACAGGGAGGAGCAUGUGAUGCUGUACACCGAGAAGGGGAAUACAAUACGAACGGAUCGCAGAGAUGUGAAGCUGAAGACAUACUGUUUACAUUAUCUGUAGGUCUGCUGGUUCGACAUCGACUUCUUCAAGGCUUGAUAUAACCAACACGUGACACGUUCUGGUGACACCGGGCGGUUUGCUGAUGCUCGUCACCAUAGCUCAUGGCAGCAAUGAUCCUUCGGUUACAAGCUUGUUGUUCUACAACUUCAUCUUCACGAGCAGGUUUCAUGGCAUAAUCUGCUUUAUCAUACUAUUAGCUACGGGAUAAAUCGCAAAGGACAAUGAU